AUGUUUGGCUGGGGCUCGGGGCUGGCCUUGCCUCCCAUCAGCUCCGAUCCAGAUCAGGAACGAAAACCGCCCUCCGAACCGACCCUCCUCGACUUCCCGGUCUACAACCUCCCCGAUGUCGCUGCCGACGGGUCCGAUGCGACCAUCCGAGACAUGCAUGGCCUCCUGGCCGCCAUCAAGCGGCCACAGGACAUCUCGCUCUCCCGAUUCCGACCGUUGAACGUCAAGCUAGACUCGGAUGUCGAUAUACAAGACAUGUUCCCCAAAGAUCAAACACAGUCACUGCCCCCAAUGCCAUGGGAGGAGGCAGAGGAUCCGGCCGAGCCACCGUUGUUGGACAACGGUGUCCGAUACCCGCCCAAGGAUCGAUUCGAGACUCUCAACAACGAACUGUCACUGGACAAUGACGAUGCAUUUCGAGAGGUGACUCGGCUUCCUCUCCGCGAAGGUCGGAGUCGGGUGCGGAUAUCGCAGACGCGAAAGUUCUGGAUAGGAUUGGAGCGUUUAUCCCAGUACUGGGAUACAAGUCUGGAUCACUAUUUUGAGCGACCUGCGACGCCGGAACCGACGCCAUCGGUCGACGGAGAGCAGGCUGAUGGGGACAAAAUGCAAAUAGACCAGGACAAGCCGCAGGUCCCGGCAGAGGCGCCGCGCCCAUCGGUGGCCAUGUAUACGGGACGUCGUAUGGGUUGCGGUUCAGAGAUGCCCGAGGAGGUACGAGACGAGAUCAUCCGGGCAUUCGUGGAAUUAGCCGCCUGGCCGUUCGGAUGUCAGCUCACAGUGCCCCCGCUUCCUCCACGGUUGAUGGUGAAGAAUCUCCUUUUCCCUGUGAGACAGUCCUUCCAGGCCUGCCGGUCUCCGCGCGAUCGUCAGGUUGCCCGGAGCGGCAUCUUGGAAGGACCCGUCCUCAUCGCACAGUGUCGGCCAGAGACCUCUUUCCGCACCCAAGAUGAAACUCCCGGAUCCGGGAUCGGCGAGAUCUGUGAUCUCUUCCGAGAAAUUGGGGGCAUGCUCCUAGCGGCGCAGGAACGUGCCCGCUAUAGUGGUAUCGAGCUGCGGCCCGGUGAGGGCAAAUGGUGGACGACAACGCCCCGGUUUGGCGGCGCGCCCAACGACGGGAUUCUCGAGGACCUCGUUAACAACAGUCACGGGAUGUCUUUUCCAGACUCGAUGAUGGAAGAAGGCAAACCGGCCUCGCCCGCACCGGAGGCGGAGAGCGCACGGAAACGCCACAAGUUCGAGCACUAUUAUGCGGGACUGUCUCGCCGGCCGAGCGCGAUGCGUAAGCUCUCCAAUAGCGAAAAGUGGAAGAUCCUUCAGCCCGGAACGAGCCUCUGGGACAAGCGGAUGAAGUAUAUGCAGAUCGGCAAGGUGCCGAAGAGUCCGUUUGACGAUAUCUACAUGGUCUCGUCGAUCAAUCACCACAUCUCAAUUCUGCACCUCCGCGUCCACAGGCGCUAUCUCGAAGUUCUCGGCAACGGUGACAGCAGUUUCCCGCCAGACACCGAUAGCUCCGAGCAACCGUGGCAUGUGUUGAAACUCCAGCGCACGCGGUGGUUUGAUUUGCUUGAUGGCAACGAUCGCAUUGAGGCUGUGAAGGCCGUGUGGAGGCUGUUUCACUACCAGCUGCGGAAGGUAUAG